UUAAGUAAUUGAGAAAUUUAAAUAGCAAAUAGUAAAGCUCAUCAUAAUAGUCGCCAAAAUUAGUACGAAAGCAAGGCUCAAAGAAGUUGUUUCCCGUAGUACUUAAGUAUUCCUAUAAACGCUGAAGGCCCCGGUUGUAAGCAGUUUUAGAAUCCCCGCAUUCAGCUGAACAGGAAACCAUGCAAAGGAAAUACAGUUAGCAGUGAAAGCAGUCGAAUCAACACAAGUGCCAGCAAUUGCACUCGCAAUUAAAAAUUAAAUGCGUGCGCGAACAAAGCGACCAAGCCAAUGUCCAAACAAUCUGCAAGUGCAAGUGCCACGCUGCUGCUGCUCAUUUGGCUGACAUGGCAAACGAUGCAGUGCAUCGCGUUGGACUGGCAGCAGGUUAAGCCGAUGUACCUGGUGUCCAUGUACCCGGGCCCCGCGGGUCUCUCCACUUCCUCGUCCUCCCCAUUUUCCUCCUCCGGUUCCCUGGAGCACGAUGCGGAAAUGAGUGCCAGCAACGUGGACAAUCGGCACAUAAAGGGGCUGGGAAUGGGCAGGGAGAUGAGCGCUUUGAGCGAAGAGGACGAUCGGGAGCCACUGGUUCUCAACUUGGAGACCACGCCGCUAAUGGAGAAGAUGUUACCCGAGGGCGCAAUGGCGAUGGAUCGCAUCUUCGGCGGUGAUGUGGGCAAUCCCCACUGUUUUCCCUACCAGGUGGGAAUGCUGCUUCAAAGACCUAAGGGUCUUUACUGGUGUGGUGGCUCACUGAUCUCUGAUAAGCAUGUCAUCACCGCCGCUCACUGUGUUGACAUGGCGAAGAGGGCCUUGGUUUUCUUGGGCGCCAAUGAGAUCAAGAACGCCAAGGAGAAGGGACAAGUUCGACUGAUGGUGCCAAGCGAAAACUUCCAAAUCUACCCUACCUGGAAUCCAAAGAGAUUAAAGGAUGACAUUGCUAUAGUAAGACUCCCUCAUGCCGUCAGCUUUAAUGAGCGCAUCCAUCCCAUUCAAUUGCCGAAGAGGCACUACGAGUACCGCAGUUUUAAAAACAAACUGGCCAUCGCAUCUGGUUGGGGUCGUUAUGCCACCGGAGUCCAUGCGAUCAGCAAUGUGCUGCGCUACGUCCAGCUGCAGAUAAUCGAUGGACGGACUUGCAAAUCCAACUUCCCGCUAUCCUAUCGAGGUACAAAUAUAUGCACCAGUGGAAGGAAUGCCCGUUCAACUUGCAAUGGUGAUUCGGGAGGACCUUUGGUUCUCCAAAGGAGGCACUCGAAGAAGAGAGUCCUGGUGGGAAUUACAUCCUUUGGCAGCAUAUACGGUUGUGAUCGAGGCUAUCCGGCGGCCUUCACCAAAGUUGCCUCAUAUUUGGAUUGGAUCAGCGAUGAAACUGGUGUAAGUGCCCACCAGGAUACCACGGAGGCAAUAUUUUUCGACCAGUAUGUGAGGGAAUAUGGGAAACCACGUCAAAGCCGACGCUUGGAAACGGAGGAGCAGUUGGAAGACGAUGUGCCCGACGAACUAGAUGUGCAUCCGAGACCCGCUUCCGAUGAGGACAUCUCCGAGAAUGUCAGACCGCGAACACGGUCACGCCCGCAUUCCGAACACGAGUUCUAUUUCUUGUAA